AUGCGCCAGUGCAAGUGCUGGGGCAGUGAGCUCCAGUCGCUGCGACUACCGCAAACCCUGUCCGGUUGUACUGAAGCACUGGCUAUAAUUUGGCGGCGGGUGGGUCAAGUCGCAGUGCACUGUGCUGUCGUGCUUCGAGAGCCAACCGGUGCCAAAGAGCCUUGA